CUGAAACUCUUUCAGAGCACGCUCUCCGGAAUGAAAGGACUCACAGUUUCCAUCAUUUGGAUUGCAGUUUGCUAUGCCGCAGUCGCCAAGGCGCAGAAUUUUCUGCACAACUCCAACACGGACUUGGCAGCUGAAAAUUCCUGCUAUACGACGGAUGGUGAAAUUGGCAAAUGCACAUCGGUCCGCUCCUGUUACCCGGAAUUAAAGUUGUCCGAAUUGAGAAAUUCGAAAUUGUGGGCUGCCAGUACACGCGGUACUUGCCAUUACGUCCAAACAAAUGGCAAACAGGUCUAUGGAGUGUGUUGCCCAUCACAGCCAGCAGCCUCAAGAAUGCAACCUCGAAAUAUCGACUCGGUAGUCAUUGACAGUCUGAUCGAUCGAAAAAAUGAAGGAGUAUCUCCGGAAGCCGAAACUACUAUGAUUAUUAUGGACAGACAAACCGGCUGCGGUGCAGGCCCAUUCAGAUCAUUGAACACUAACGAACAGAAGAUCGUUGGUGGUACCGAAGCCAUUAAGAAUUCCUGGCCUGGCAUAGUGGCACUGAAGAACAACGGCCGUCAAUUCUGUGGUGGAUCGUUGAUGUCUCCGACUCACAUCCUGACAGCGGCUCAUUGCGUAGCUCAUAUGUCUUCGUGGGACGUUUCACGAUUGACCGUGGAGCUGGGCAUGCACGUUCUCAAACCGAUCAGUGACGCCCAAGUGUCGAAGAAAGUCCGUCGCGUGACCCGACACAAAGGAUUCGAUUCGAGGACCUUGUACAACGACAUUGCCAUUUUGACGAUGGAGUCUCCCGUGUUAUUCACGUCCAAGAUUUCACCUGUCUGCUUGCCACCAGCAGGAUCAACUGACCAAUACACCGACAAAGAUGCAGCGGUAAUAGGAUGGGGAGCCCUGAAAGAAGGUGGAUCUCAGCCAAAUGCGCUGCAGCAAGUCACCGUUCAGAUCAUUGCCAAUUCAAAAUGCAAAAGCAGCUACGGGAGUGACGCUCCUGGAGGGAUCGUCGAUCACAUGCUGUGCGCUGCUUAUCCCGGCAAAGAUGCUUGCAGUGGUGACAGUGGCGGUCCACUUCUCGUCCAGUCGUCCCCAGGAUCCCCUUGGAUCCAGGCUGGAAUCGUCAGUUGGGGAAUCGGAUGCGCCCAAGCGAAAUAUCCCGGAGUGUACACCAGAGUGACGUCUUUUAUGAACUGGAUCGGGAAAAACACCGUCUGAAGACUUCAGGAAAUCAGAUAACAUCUCCAGAAGGCCAGUGAAACGCAUCAGGGGGUGGUAGGGGAUAAGCGGAACGACUUUUUUCACUUUCGAAUGUUAAAUCAUAUUCUAUAUUAUUGGCUUAUCAAUUUGAACACGCGUUAUUACAGCACUAUACUUCUG